AAAAAAAAAUAUGUAAAAUGUUUCUUAAAAUAGAGUUGUAAACAAAUUUCAUGGACACUUCGCUAUCAUAGUAAUACUGAACAGUGUUGACAUUUUGUCCUCGCUGAGGACCCAGAUGAUGAGUAAUAAUGACAUCAGUUCUAUUAAAAGAUUUCCGCCAUUAAAUGACAAGCCCUAUAUUGUAUAUCAAUCAAUUCAGUCUGAAUUAAUCAGUGAAUCAAUCCGUAUCUGUAAUCGGUAAAUCAGGAGAAUAGUACCCGCAUUGGCUGCCAUCUUGGUUGACACAACCAGUUAAUACUGUCACUAAAACUAUCCCUAAAUCGAUCCCUAUGCCUAACCUGAACCCUAACUCACUGAAACUAUAAUAAACACGCAAAUUACGUCAUGGGUACGGUACUCCUGAUCAGCCCUGUAAUCAAUUCUGGUAGGGGUAAAUUUUGACUACUAUUGCCUCUAUUUUCUCAAUGGCCGCCAUCUUGGUUAACACGUCAGGUGAAGUCAUCUAUCCCUAUGCCUAACCUAAACCCUAAAUCCAUCCCUAUGCCUAACCUGAAACCCUAAAUCGAUCCCUAUGCCAUGCCUAACCUGAACCCUAAAUCGAUCCCACUAUGCCUAACCUGAACUCUAAAUCGAUCCCUAAAUUUUUUUCAUAACGAAAUAAUUAUUAAGCAAAAGUGAAUGAAUUAUUAUUAAUAUUAAUUUAGGCAUUAUUCAUGAGAUAAGUAUGUUAUUUAAUUAUUAAUUUUAAUAUCAUAUCAACCAAUUGAUUAAUGAUUGAUGUCAAAGUCAUGGUUGUGUAGGCAAUUCAAUGUAAAUGUAGGUAAAUUCUCAAGAAAGUUAUGAUUUUUUUCAUAACAAAAUAAUUAUUAAUGAAAAGUGAAUGCAUUAUUAUUAAUAAUUAAUGUAGACAUUAUUCAUGAGAUUAGAGAUAAGUAUGUUAUUUAAUUUUAGUAUCAUAUCAUAUGACUUAAUAUAAAUAUAAGAAAAUAACAUAAGUAUAAGUUAUAAGACAUAAGAAAAUUUUUAAAAAAGUGACUUAACUUCUUAAUGACUUAAUUAAGAGAGACUAAAUUAAAAACUAUGCAGUUUAAUGCAUUGUUGAAUUUUUGAGGCAGCCCAUGUGGUCACUGCUUUAAAUUAAUCAUUAAAGUCUACUAAAGUGGGGAUGGGGUUAUUUGACUAGACUAGUAGAUAGUCUUAGAUAAUUUAAACAGUGGUUAUCAUGGUUGAGAAUGUACAAAAAAUGGUAGACUUAACUUAAUUCAAUUUGAUAUAUUUUUCCUCAAAAUUCUUGAUUAAAAUUUGAAAAACUCAAAUAAACAGCUAUAUUAUUGUUCAGCAUCCAAUUCUUUUUAAACUGAUUCACACAUGCUAUUUAAUUUAACAAAGAAAUAACUGCUAACCACAUUUGUUCCCAAUGCAGCACAUGUCACAUGCAUUUUUUUUAAAUUAUUUUUUUUUACAUUUUCAAGUGGACAAUAAGUUGAACAAGGGGCAUAUAACUCUGCAAUAAUUUGUCACUAGCUGAAUCAUAAUUUAUCUUAAUCUAAGUAGCUAGAACUUAAGAAGAGUGAUUUCAGAUAGGUAAAUCUAGUGAAGUAAUGAUCCCCCGGGGCUCCAGUUGACAAGUCUGUGGUGGCUUGUCAAUUAGGAGGCGUCUGCCACCGACCCCCUCAACAUUAUCCGGGCUGCACAAUUACUGGGCGCGUGGGCAGACAAGGGAUGUCCUCGGUACCUGCCGUAAAUAAAACAGCAUCUACAGGGCUGCCAGUUGUGAAACUUCUCAACUGGAAGAAAAGGCAGAGACACAGAGACAGGGUAGGGAUCAUGAUUACAAGUUGCCGUUAAUGGAUGAGAGGCGAAGGUGGUAACCUCUGGUCGAUGAUUCUUGCUACACAGCCCUGAUAAGCUGCUCCAAGGCAACCGUUUUGUCCCAGCUACAUCGCAAAUUAGUUGCGUUGUGGAAACCCACUGUGAAAUCCCUCUUAUAGGGCGUCUAACGCUUCCCCGGGAUGGGUAGGGGAAGAUAUUAGGACGUAAAUUUUCCAUCCCGACUCCUGAGAAAGUCGAUUGUGUGCACUGUGUGCAAACACAGUGUCGGAUCGACCGGGUGUCUUUGGGUUGGGACGGCCUCCGGCGGAGAACCUGGUCGAGCAGACUCGGGUGGGGGCUGUCCUGACAAAGGGACAUCCCCGUCAUGCCGCUCUGCUGCUCGAUAACCGGGUUUGGGAGGGCAUAAAGAGCGCAAGCUUGACAGCCCGCCGAUGCCAUUUCUUAAUGUAGUAUUUCAGUGAAGUAAUGAAGAAAUUAAAGCCUAGCAAACUGGUUGCUGAAUUAUCUGAAAAUAAAAUAAUUCAAGAUCAAACCUUAGGGUUCAGUGCUGAUGGUAGAUGUUUAAGUUUUAACAAAAAAAUUUUGUUUCAUUUUCAAAUUCAUUUUUUUGAAAGGAAAAAGAGUCAAAUAUUAAUGCAGCAAAAAAAAUUAUUGCCUACUUUGGUAGUCAUGAUUAUUUUAUUUCUGUCUUGAAAAUUUCUUUCUGUACAUACCCCUAAACAAUGGAAUUCGCUUCCAUUACACAUCAGCAAUAUACAGGCCGUCACAGCCUUAAAAACUGCAUUCAAAACUUAUCUCUUUAAACCUCUACUAUCUUGACUUAUUCUCCCUCUGACUGAUAAACGAUUCUUCUGGGUGCCGCCCAUGGCUUGACAUGUAAAUAGUUCUGGAAUGGGUGGAGUGAAUGUACAUUUGUUUUUUUUAAUUUAAUUUUAUACAUGUUAAUUAAUUUUUUAAGUUCAUAAUUAUGUUUGUUAAAUUGUAUGUACAGUGUGGUGAGCCCAGCCCUAGGCUAGGGUACCACGCUAUAUAAAACCACUAAUAAUAAUAAUAAUUUUAAAUAAUAUAUAUUUUAAGACAUGUUUGAUUUUAGAACAAAAUUAAAAAUUAUUAAACCUUUCAAUUAUAUUUUUAAAGAAAAUUUAUAUUAAGAUUGCUUUGUCUAUAAAUAGGAAAAGACCAAGUUAUAUUUGCCACUAAAGAAGAUCUAGGUGAGCCAAGCUCUGCAAUCAUCAACCUGGAAGAAGAUGAGGAAGAUCAUCAGCCCGGUACACGAUUAGUUAUAUUUAAAGUUAAUACUAAUAUAGCCCUGAAUAUCAGUGGCAAUAAUUCAUUAAAAGUAAAAGUGUGAGUUUUGUAACAAAGCAAUAUCUUGAGGGCUCCUAUCAGAAUUGAUUUAAAAAGGUGUUUAUCGUUAAUGUGUUAAAAAUUUUAAAUUUUAUACAAUCUUGUAUAAAUUCAAGCAUUACAGAGAGGAUUUAACCACCCCCCCCCCCCCCCCGAAACAAAAAACCUUCUAUUAUAUGGCACUGGAUUUGCCCUUAUAAUUUUCAGAAACAGAAUAUGUAAUUUAAUUUAGAUUAAAAAUGUUUCAAGUUAAUGUGUUUGAUUUUAAAUUUAGUUGAAGUUCCCCUUUCCUUGAACAUUUAUCAGCUGAACUUGUCUUCAUGUUCUCACAGGUCUUAUUCUACCCAAUGGUGAUAUUAACUGGGAAUGCCCAUGUUUAGGCGGAAUGGCUAGCGGCCCCUGUGGCUUUGAGUUCAGAGAGGCAUUCUCCUGCUUCCACUACAGUAAAGCUGAACCAAAAGGCUCUGAUUGUUAUGAAGCCUUCCUCACUAUGCAAGAUUGCAUGAGUCAUUUCCCUGCACUUUAUCCUCCAGCCAAGGCAUCCCCGGAUGACCUGAGUAAUCCUCCUCAGGAUGGAUUGGGACUUGUAGAAAUUCAAGGCGAGAUGGAUUCUAAUGCCAUACAACCAGAGAGAGAUUCAGGGAGUUCUCGUGUUGAAUCAUGAUGGUCAAGAAUUCUGGAUGGGAUCAUAAUCACAUAUUGUGCUGUCAUGACUUUACAAGAACAUUUUAUCCCAAUUUAGGUUGUUGUUUUACCUAAGUGGUCACUCUUGUGCCAGCGUUGGGCAUUCUUGCAAUGUAAAAACAGAACUGCACUAAGGUCAUAAUGGAGAUCAGUCUGUUAAUUUUUUUUAUUUGAAACAGAAGAUCAAAAGUUUUUUGUUUUUUUAAUGUAGCAUAUAAUAUUAGUAUUCGUUAUAAAAACUUAGAAAUAAUAUAAAAUGAAAAGAAAUCCUAAAAAUGUUGUGCCUUUUGUUUUUACACAAAAAUGUUUUAAUUUGAUCUAGCUUUAGUUAGACUUUAUUGGUACCGGUAAAUAUAGUUUUUUUAGGUUCUUGGAAAUGAUAAGCCCAUUUGACAUUUAAUGCUAUUGGCAUUUACAGUUGCAGCAGAUGUUAAUUUUUAAUUGACACAAUAUUAUUUAAUCAAGAGACAACACACAAAAAUUUAAUGAUUUGGAUUAUGAUUAUAUUUAUCCUAUUACUGGGGUACCUACUGGUUCACAAAUGUCAUUAGUAUAAAUUAUUAUUCAUACCAAAGUUUUAUUUGAUUUGUUAAAUUUUUAACUUGUCAUCACAGUUGUCUUCAAUAAUAAAAUAAGAAUGUAGAAAACACAAAAGAAAUAAACUAUUUGGUUUAAGAUUGGUGUAUAUAGUUGCAUAUAAACUAUGAAGUUUAAAAAUAAUAAAUCAGUUAUAGAAAAUUGCUGAUUCCCUCUUGUUCUCUUAAUCUAAAUUAGUGAAAAUGUGUUAACACCUCUUUUUUUUUAAAACUUGACUUAUUAAUAUUAUUAAUUAUUUAAAUAGCAAUUUACUAUAUAUCUGGUACUGCAU